AUCCUUUGAAAAAAAAAAUUAGUUUGAUAAAAAUAAUAAUAAUUUUUUGAAUACUGGAAGGAUAACCAGGUCAGGUUGGAUCUUCAUACUAUUAAGAUUUGAAUGACUCUAAAAUAAAACGGAUUUUGGAUCGGAUGAUCCACUGAUUGGGUCUUAGCGGGCAGGAUGGAUUAGAACAGCAGACCCCAUUCUACCUAUAAUUCGCUUUUAUUUGUAGAAGAAUUAGAUUCGUGUACAACUAAUUAUCGGUGGGAGAACUGCCCACUCAGUCAAUAAAGUAUUAAUCUAAAUUAUACUCAAAUUAAUCUAUAUACUCUUUGUCACUAAUAAUUGGAUAAAAGAUAUACGAGGAACACAACAUAUCGUCAAAUAGUACCAAUAAAUGAGUUAUGGGUGCAUAACAAAUUAGAUUCAUUGCGGUCUGUGCAAGCCCAAAACCCAAACAUAAAAAAAAUUAAAAUAAAUAAAUUAAAUUAACCACUCCCCAAAUAAAUCAAUAAAAAAAUCGAAUAAUUUGUUAUAUCACUUUGGAAAUGGCAAUGGUAACCAACGACCGUUCCGUUAUUCCGCCCGCUUUGUCCUGUUCUUGCAAUUGUAAUCCCGCCGUUUAAAGAGGCGGUUACAGCUCUGCUAUAUAACUUCGAAGCGGGAAGGCGAGAGACGGGAAGAGAGAGAGAGAGAGAGAUAUGAAGAAGAAGUCGGGAGGAAGUGACGGAGAGGGCGGAUCGGGAUCGGCGAGGCGGGCGAAGGGCUCGGAGACACAGGUGGAUGUGUUGCCGAAGGAGGUCGUGUUGCAGAUGGUGAAGGAUAUGCUCGCUCGUCUGUCCGACGAGAUGGGGGACGAAGAGGAGGUCGUGGUGGAGGACGAUGUGCUCCUCGCAUUCACCGAGAGCACUUGUGCCUUCAUCGACCAUCUAUGCGCCAGGGCAAGGGAUCUUUGCAAGCAAAGUGGGAAGGAGACGGUGGAUGCUGAUCACGUUCUCGACGCCCUCAAGGAUAUCAACUUCCCCCAAUUCGUUCGAGACCUUGAAGCCGCUCUGGAGGCGUUUAAAGAAGAAAAUGCAGGAGAGAUGUCUGAAGAGAAAGCAACAACAGAUGAGUGCCAGAAACAAGAAGACGAGCAGAGAAGCGAGGACAGCUAAGAUGCUGGUGAGGAAAGUAGCGAGGGAAACAGUUGCCUCUGAGGAAUAGAGUUCCAUCUGUUCUUUUGUGUACAGUGCUGUUUUGACUGAUGUGAGGAUGAGGCUUUUAGUAAGUCUUCUUGAAAUGUACGACACUCUUUCAUACCAAAGCAUGCCGAGUACAAAGCCCCAACGAGCGCCAGAGAGUAUCGCCUUCGGUGUUUCGUGAGUUCUUAAGAGUCUCU